AUGAGCGACUACGGAGGCGACGAUGAGAUCAAGAAGCUCAAUGCCGAAGUUCUCGAGGACCCCGACAACUUUGAGCACUGGGAGAAACUUGUUCGCGCCGCGGAAGCUCUCGAAGGCGGACUAAACCGAAAUUCAAGCCCGCAAGCCAUUGCAACAACGCGCAGUGCCUACGAUCGAUUCCUCGCAAAGUUUCCUCUGCUAUUUGGAUAUUGGAAGAAAUAUGCCGACCUGGAGUUCUCCAUUGCUGGUACAGAGGCUGCUGAGAUGGUCUACGAACGAGGAGUCGCAAGCAUCGCAACCUCGGUGGAUCUGUGGACCGACUACUGCUCGUUCAAGGUCGAAACGAGCCAUGAUCCAGACGUGAUCAGAGAGCUCUUCGAGCGAGGUGCUUCUUGCGUUGGAUUGGACUUCCUCUCGCAUCCCUUCUGGGAUAAAUACCUAGAAUUCGAGGAUCGGGUAGAGGCGCAAGACAAAGACUUCAAGAUUUUUACAAUCUUGAGUCGUGUCAUCGAGGUUCCUAUGCAUCAAUAUGCGCGCUACUUCGAGAAGUUCCGUCAACUCGCUCAUGCCCGCCCUGUUACCGAGCUUGUUCCAGCCGACGUCCUGAGCCGACUCCGUACAGAGGUAGAAUCAGAGAACGCUGCGACUUACCAAGCGGGGACUCAAGGCAUCUCGGAGAUGGAGGUUGAGCGCGAGUUGCGGACCAAGAUCGACAACUUCUACCUCGAAACCUUCACCAAGACUCAAACAGAGACCACCAAACGCUGGACCUACGAGUCAGAGAUCAAGAGACCCUACUUUCACGUCACCGAGCUUGACUACGCUCAGCUUGCCAACUGGAGAAAAUACCUGGACUUUGAGGAGGCAGAAGGUGACUUCAACCGGUCGGUAUUCUUGUACGAGAGAUGCCUCAUCACUUGCGCAUUCUACGACGAGUUCUGGUUCCGCUACGCCCGGUGGAUGUCUGCCCAGGAAGGGAAGCAAGAGGAGGUCCGGAACAUCUACCAGCGAGCCAGCACCAUCUACGUGCCAAUUGUCAGACCUGGCAUUAGGCUGCAAUAUGCGUACUUUGAAGAGAUGUCUGACCGCUCGGAUGUUGCUCGUGAUAUCCACGAAGCUAUCCUGGACCGCAUCCCGGGUCAUGUCGAGACGAUCAUUUCUUGGGCCAACCUUGAACGCCGCCAACACGGGCUCGAAGCUUCGAUUCAAGUCUACAAGGCGCAGAUCGACAACCCUGUGGUCGACCUCUUCGCGAAGGCUGCAUUUGUGGUGGAGUGGGCUAUUCUCCUCUGGAAGAUUAAGGGAUCCGUGGAAGAGGCCCGCCAAGUCUUCCAAAAGAACCAGCAAUGGUAUCUCCAAAGUCGCCACUUCUGGGCCAAGUACCUCGAGUUUGAGAUUGCUCAACCAACGAGCACCGAGACAGAGGCGGAGCAUUACACCAUCAUCAAGCAGAUCCAUGAUGAUCUGAUUAAGACUACUGGCAUGAACCUCUCCACGAGGAAGGAGCUUACCAACAUCUACUUCAGCUACUUGCAUCAACGCGGCACGAAAGAUGCCAUGAAGGAAUUUCUGCAAAUUGACAGAGAGCUCAAUGGCCCUCUCUCCGUCCAAGGACACUACGCCAAACCCAACGCCCUCACCAAAGGCCUAGAGAACGGCCACAUGGUCCCAAUCGUCGACGAAGUCACCCUCCGCAAGGGAGAAGUCCGUUAUAGUAACUAUUUCGAAGAGCGCCGCGAUGUGCCUGCAAACGCGCAAGGUACUGCCCCUUUUGCUUGA